CUUUUUAUCUGAUUUAAUGGUCGCGGAUAGUACAGACCAUCAAAGUUGUACUUAUUCUCCAAAGCAUAAUACCUCUUAUAAACACGGUUUUGAUAACUUCCCUCGACAAAUCUUGCCAAAAUACUCCAUUUAAAACAAAACUGGUCCUUCAAGUUUUGGCAAUUAACUACUGCUCUUUUGUUGACUAUUGCCUCAGGUAAAGCAAUAAAUGAGGAUGUCUGAUGGUAUGGAAGCAUACUAGCACUUGAUUCUUUUCCUAUGCGCAAAAUCUUGUGACUAUCCAUACUGUUACAAUGCGAAAAAACCUUAUCGCAUUUGUCGCACUUAUAUGUCUCUCGAGAGAUUGUCAGAGACCUACUGCAGGUUAUUGAUGCACCACAGUAUUUGCACUGACGCAAUGAUCGCUCUUCAUUAAUUGAAGUAUUCAAUGUUACUGGCGAAACUUCAGCUGAUGAUGGAACAGCACGUAUCGAUGUCUCCUCCGCAGUCGGUACCGGGAUCUCCACAUCUGUCGACACCGCAGCCAUUGAGCUCUCCGCUGUCGUGGUCUCCUCCGCAGCCGGUAUCGGGAUCUCCAUCAACAUUGUUGCUGCCAUCGAGGUCCCCGCUGCUGCAGAUGUCCGCGAUGGUUGGCGAAGAGCGCACUGCUCGUAACAGCCACAGCCCGUCCUCGACUUCCACGUUCUCUUCUUCUCUGCCUCCGGACGAGAACCUUAAUGGUCGCCUGGUGGACUUCACCCCUCGCCAGAGCUCCGCCCUGCGGAGUCCUACUUCCCGUAAGGCCAAGCGUGUGCGCUUCUAUCGCAACGGGGAUAAGUUCUACAAAGGGGUGGUGAUUGCCGUCACACCUGAGCGGUACCGCUCGUUCGACAGCCUUGUGGCCGAUCUGACACGGGCGCUCGUGGACAACGUGAACAUUCCUAGUGGGGUGCGAACUUUGUUCACCAUGGAUGGACGAAAAGUGUGUUGUUUGGAUGAGCUGGAGGAUGGGAAAUGCUAUGUGUGCUCAGGGCUCGGUGAAACAUUUAAGAAAGUAGAUUAUUCUACUAGCUCUAGUUUGAUAGCUAAGCCAAAGAAUCGCAGGAGCAUAUCUGCUUCACAGCCGCAGGACAGUCAAAGAAAUAAGACGUGCCUCUCUGAUGUCAUUCGUCCUCAUGUCAUAACGUUAAUUAGAAAUGGCACAAGACCACGUCGAGUUGUUCGUCUUCUUCUUAACAAAAGAAAUGCACCUUCGUUUGAUCAAGCACUUUCCAGUAUUACAGAAGCUGUUAAGCUAGACACGGGUGCUGUAAGAAAAGUAUUUACACUAUCGGGAGUACAGGUGAAUCGCCUAGAAGAAUUUUUUGGAAGUAACGACAUUUUUUUUGUUUAUGGAAAUGAAAGGUAUUCCAAAGAUGAUUUUGAUCUAGAUCUGGAAGAGUAUAAAUUGAUCCAGAGCCAGUGCAAAACAUCGUCCAGUUUCCACAACGCGGCCUGGGACUCGUGUCUGUCCCUCAAGUUCAGUCAGUACCUGCCUGGUUCCCAGGAGGAGUGUGGAGGUAAUAACCACGUGGGUGUCAGGCUUUCCACAAGCAUGCCCAAAAUGCCGGUGAAGACCAAAGCUGUGCCAGAACCGUCGUCUGUGUCUAGCGACAGCUACUUAGCUCUGCCGCCUUCCAUCAAGUUCAAGUAUCAGGUUGGCAGGAUUAUUGGAGAUGGCAACUUUGCAGUAGUGAGGCAUUGUGUGGAGCGAUCCUCCGGAACAGAGUACGCCAUGAAGAUAAUUGAAAAGUCCAAAUGCUACGGCAAAGAGCACAUGAUCGAGAGCGAAGUGUCCAUAUUGAGACAAGUGCGACACCCCAACAUCAUCCAGUUGGUCGCUGAAUAUAAUUUUCAUGGAGAGUUAUAUCUAGUCAUGGAGUUGGUUAAGGGAGGUGACCUGUUCGACGCUAUAGCGCAGGCUACCAAAUUCUCAGAACGUGAAGCAAGUAUUAUGACUCGUAACCUGGCCUCUGCUCUUUUAUACUUGCAUGGAAUGAACAUUGUGCACAGAGACAUCAAACCAGAGAACUUAUUGGUUGAGAUGGACAGCAAUGGUACCAGACUGUUGAAGCUGGGAGACUUUGGUCUUGCUCAGAGGGUUAUGGAUCCAUUGUAUACAGUAUGUGGAACACCAACCUACGUAGCACCAGAGAUACUGGCAGAGACAGGCUACGGUCUUAAGAUUGAUGUGUGGGCAGCAGGAGUGAUACUGUACAUUUUGCUGUGUGGCUUCCCGCCGUUCGUGAGUGCGACGAACGACCAGGAGGAGCUGUUUGACAAGAUCCUGAGCGGCUUGUACGAGUUCAGCUCGCCGUACUGGGAUGACGUGUCGCACCUGGCCAAACACCUCAUCUCCCACAUGCUGCAGGUCCAGCCGGAGCUGAGGUUCUCCGCAGAGGACGUGCUGGAUCACCUCUGGCUGGCGGAAGCUGGAGGCGAAGAACAGUUGACAGUGCACCGGGCACCCAGUUUACCUACCAACGUGUCGCUACAAAUUCCAGAUCUCACAUUUAGUGCCGUCAGUAGGUAACCGUUCUAUAAAGUUCAUCACUUUAUAUCAAAACAAAUCUCAUAUAUUCAAAGAAAUUGUUACAUAUCUAAUUAUUAUUAAUAUAAUACAAUCAUAUUUAUUUUCUUUUCAUGGGAUAUGUGGAACAUAUUUUUCCCUGUUGGCAUGUUCGCUUAAAGCACACAAUGCUCUGCAUAACUUUAUUUAUUUUGUGAAAUAAAGAAAUUUUAGAAAGAUAAUUAUUCUUGAAGCUGACAGGUUUUUUAAGCCUAAUUAUUUCAAGCUGUGUGACUAUUUAAAACUUAAACAUCUUCAUAGUGCCCACCCAAUAUUAAUUUUUUUUGUACUUUUCAAAUAAAAUUUUUUUAAUAUGAGCUUGAAUAAUGUGAAUAUUUAAAUAGUAUUAGAGACUUAUUACUCUAGCUAGUUUUCAGUUUUUUUGAUAUGUAUGUUACUUUUAUUUAGUUUAUGAAAGUCUGACAUGAUAUAGUUUUAGCCAACUUCAAACAUUUAUUUUUACAUCCUUACCGUUGAGUAUUUACAUUCCUGCCAACUUUUAUGAAUUUUCCAAAUGCCUUUGAAAUGUUUUAAAAAGGUAUAAAGCUUCGUGAUUGUGCACGUAACUGUAGUAUAUAUAUAGCAGGUUACAAGAAUCACGUAAAUAAUUUAAUGUUUUUUAAAACAUCAAAUUUUUGAAUUUACUAAUAUACACUCUUUUAUCUCAUAAUCGUCGCACCAAUAUUUUAGGGUGUCAAAAUUUGGAUAAAAAAAACCUCUCACGUAAAUGUAGCAUGAUGUUUUUGGUCCCGCUAUUAGAUACUUAGCGUUUUGUGUAGGUAUCUUUUCCGUGUAAAACGAUGUAUUUUAUAGUAGAAUUCUAAUAUUUAUUCGGAAAUUACCACUUAUUUAAUUAACGGAAAUGAGUUUAAACGUUUAAUUAACCGAAAUACGUUUAAAGACUUUUUAAAUGUUAUAACCUUUUAUCUGUUCGUCUGCGUCACUGCGGUGUACUGCUUAUAAAAAUGUAGCCAGUGAUAGUUGGCACGUUUUGCUAUGUUACUUACUGUAUAGAGCGCGCGCACACGUAGUCAAAUAUUGAUAUCUCGCCGACAGCAUGCAACUCGCGGUAUCUGUCAAGUGCCGAGUUAACUGCAUGUGAUGGCCCGCACUCUUUCGUUGUGUGUACAACAAUGAUAGUUUUACGUUAGUUCAUGCUCACAUUCACAUUCAAAUUUUUUUUUUUCUAUUUAAAGUUGAAAGGUUUUUGUUGCAUGACUUAUUAAUUUUAAUUGAUUGGUGUGCUCUUGGACACUCCACUUUUGAAAUAAACGUACUUUCCAUGAAUGGGUUUUGUUUUAAUGAAUAACUUUACCUAACAAAAAAAAUUUUUUUUUCGCAUAUAUGUCUCACCCAUACUUUUCAAACUUGAUUUUAGUAUAAAAUGUGCGAUGAUUAUGCUAUAAAACAUGAUACGUUAACAAUGUUUAUCAACAGAUAAUAAAGUUCAUAAUGGACUAUUUAUUUAUUGGAGGUGUGCAAACCCCUGCCCCCCCCCCACCCCCCCACACCUUUUUUUACGAUUUGAAACAUAGACAAAUUGCUGAGUACACUUAAAUAUUUUGCUGUGUAUAUUCCCUAUUAUUUAUUAGUGUCUCUCCUUGCUGCAUGGUUAUCUUUUGUAAUAUCUCCUGUGCUGAUAGCAUUGAGCUGGCCUCUAUUGGUUUCUAGCUUAUGUGGUUGUUGUAAAAUUGAUGCAAUCUAAAUUUUUCCAAAUAAUUCUAGGUAACUUCAGAACUUUCUAAAGAUGUUUGUGUAUUGAUGUGAUUGGUAGUGACCUUGAAUUAACUUGAUGUUUUAAGCAGUGUGCAUGUAUGUAAAAUAAUUGGUUUACUGCGUGAUUGUAUAUUAAAUCAAUUUUAUCUUGUAUGUAACAAAAAUUUAAAUGACUUCCUUGUUCAAGAUAAAUGGGUUUUUUGACAUGCAGUGUUGCACAGAUAAUGCUCCUUUAAAAGUUGGUAGGUAUGCAUUUACAACUCAUCAAAUAAUGGUUUUAUUUGGCAAAUUUUAUUCAUUAAACUAAUAAAACCUAGAGAGAAGGUAGUACAAAAAAUGCCUUAUCGUAAAAAAUUUAAUAUUGUUGUUUGUGUGAUGAAAUUUGUAAGAGAGUUCAAAUUUUAAAAGUAAUUUUGCAUUGAUCAUGCACACUAAAAUAGCUGUAAGAAUAAUUGUUUUGUCUAUGAGAUUUCUGGUAGCAUAAAUAGCUGAAGUAAACUGUGCUACUAAAUGAAAAAUGCUCCAAAAAUUGCCAAAGAGCAUAAACAAAUGAUCAUGUCAGUUAUAACUUAUAAUUAAUUAACAGCUGUUUCAAAUGUAAGACCCUUUUGUUUUACACUUUAUAUUUUCCAUCAUUUUUACAGAGUCCCAUUUUACAUUACAAUUUAUUAGAUAUCUAUUAAAUAUACACGUAUUACAGCAACAAAUUAAACUAAAUGAUGAAUAGGAAUCUUCAUAGAAAAUUCUGGAAAUUUUUGCUUAAAUGAAGAAAAGUAGAAAAAUUCUUUUAGAAAAAAUAGGCUUGAUAAUUUUUGAAAAAUUGUGAUUCGGGUAAAGAAUUCUUUACCUCAUCACUAAUAAAACUUUUGUUAUGAAAAAAUUAAUAAUUUAAAAACGGAAAGAUAACUUAAAAUAUAUAAAGUUUCUGUACUAUUUUUAGCACUGUUGAUCUGCAGGAAUAGUUUAUUACAUAUAUGAAAGAAUUUGGAGGUGGAUGAAAAAGGAGAAAGUAAAAGUAUCUCCUCUGACACUGGAUAGAAUGACAUUUCCCGGAAAAUAAAACUAAAAGUAACAAAAUUAGCACGUUUGUGAGCCUCUGGAUUUGCCACUGAAAGAACUUUAUGAUUUCUUUGUUACUCCCUCUUAUAUCUGUCCAUCACCAAGCAUGGAGCUAUCAAACAACACAUUAAUGGGAAUGAAAAAAUAAUUAUAAUUACUUCUUAUGGUUUUCUGACAUUUUAUUACAUAAUGAGCAAUGCAACUCUGUGCAUCAAAGUUAUUGGACAUAGUAUGAUAAACAGAACUUAUUUAAAAAACUGAUUUUCUUAAGUUUAUUCUUUGUAGCUGUAACAAAUGUUUGACACUUCUCACAUGCAUGCAUAUAUGUAUGUAUUUAUGAUUUGGUUUGAGUGCACGUGUGUGGUUUUUUUAAAUUUUUAUUAACAUGUUUGGGGUGUGCUUUAGGAGCUUUUAGUUGUGAAGGAUUUGAAGGUUCAAUCUGUGGAUCAAAGUGGAUGUUUGAGAAGCUCUAAACAUAGUAGUUUGCUAUUUUACCAGGUGGCUAUACUUUUGAUCUUCCACUAGUUUACUACCAAUAGUUAAGCAUGACAAUAAAAAUAAUAUUCAGUCUAUGUGCAGUAAGUUCUUCGUUAAGGAUUGUUUAUAGUUUUUGUGCUUUUUCAGUCCUAAUAUUAGCAAUUGUCUGAUGGGAAAUAAAUAUUUCUUGCUUUUGCCAGAGAACAAAAUUUUUAUUCUGGAAAAGAUUGUUAAAACAUUAAAACUUUUUUUUUUAAUUUUAUCUUUGUUUGUAAUGACAAUUAACUAAAAGAUGCAGGGGCUGUUGUAACUUGAAGCAUGUUUAAAAAUGUCGUAAAGGAACUCCUCAGGUUUAGAGCUAUAACGGAAACUGUUCCUUGCUUUUAAUAAUUCAGUUUCUAGUAUAUAUAAUGUUAUUUUUUCUAACAGUUUUAAAAGAACAAAAAUUUAAAUAGUACUGUUAAUAGUACUUACAAGGGGAGGGUAUAAGUCUGGGCUUACUGAUUUGACUUAAUCUUACAAUUCCUUCUAAUAUUUCAUCAGAGUGGUCCAUAGGAAGUAAGAAAAAGUUCUGUAAAGAUUUUUAAGGUAUAGUUUGAGAGAUUUUUAUCAUGAAUUGUCAAGUCAGUGGCAGGCGAGUGAUAAAGCGCAUAGUCUGACAAUCCAUUGGCUCAUGUUCAAUACCCACUGUUACAAAAUUUCUUUUUUAAAUAUUUUUAAUUUGUUUGAAUAUAUUUCAAUUCUGUAAAUAAUAUUUUAAUAUUGUGAGGAAUAAAAAAAAAUUGUACGAGUGGGUAUUAAACUUGAGCCAGUGGAUUGCCAGACACAGAGCUUGACCAAUACGCCAUGCCACUGACUUGACACUUUAUGAAAAAAUAUCUCUCAAACUUUACUUUAAAAUCUUUAAAAAGCUUUUUUCUUGCUUCCUAGGACCCACUCAGGCGAGAUAUUUUAUGAUGUUGAAAAGGCCACCUACCUGCUUCUACUCACACAGUUUAAGCCAUUUUGGUGAACUCCGACUCGGACCCUCUCCUUAUUAAUUAAUAAUUUAGUCUUAUAUCCUAUCUGUGCAAAUUGGAUAAAGAGCAAGUCUAUUAUUGUAGGGGUACGUGGGCUCACAUAUCCUCUUGGUAGCCCUGCCUGAAAGUUAUAAAGAACAUUACCAUUUUUACUUAGGUUAUAAAUUAUUACAGGAAUGGCCAUCGCUUUAAUUGAAAAAUCCAUUAACUUUGUAAUGUGUUGUCAUUUGUUUUUGCUUGUUUGUGACAAAACUUUUGCAUCAAAACAAUGGAAGUAAACUUUAACUACAACUUUGCCACAUGAAAUUAUCAUGAUCCUGUGAUUAAAGACCUUUCAUUGUAAAUGCUUUGCCUUCAUAUUAGUGCACACUGCAUCCACUAAAUCAAUUCAACAUUUAUAUAUUAUUCAUUUCUUGUUUACAUGAGUACUAAUUUUAACUUUGCUUAUAUUUGUUUUUGCUAAUUCAUAACUGUACACCUAUCCCUCACUUAGCACGACUAAUUAGUUCCUAAAAAUGCUCGUGUUAAUCAAAAUGCAUAUUCUGAAGCAUUAAUUUACAUAAAUAGCAAGGCUAAUUUAUUUAAUGUGUUCCAAAAUUGUUUAGGAAUAUAUACUUUACGUAAUAUAAAUGCGUUGAAUGACACUCAACUAUAAAUAUGUCACACCAUUUAUCUUUAUAUGCCUCCCAUCGCACUUUGCAUGACAAAUACGACACUUUGUAACGGAGAUAUGUGGUUAUGUACUUUGUCGUCAGUCGGCUGGCUGACUUGCCCGCCCGGGCGUGACCUUCAACUCAUGUCGCGUACCUUUUCAAACCAUCAUUUACUGACAGUGAAACUGAUAUUAAUGUCCGGAUGAUUACAUUUUAAUUUUUCAAAAAUUAAAGUGCUUAUUCGCGUAUCACCACCUGGUUCACACCAAUCCUGUCAGGCCAUUGAUUAUUUUUUUCAUUGCAACAUUCAUUUAACAACCUUUUCCACAUGAAUCAUUUGUUCAUUUCUGUUCCGGUAUCUAAUGUCAAAUAUAUUCCGCUAGUACAAUCAACAGCAUCAGACUGAUAUAAACUUUUUGGUAAGAGUCCUUACGAUUUUGCGCACAGUUGAAAGCUUAAAACUAAAGUGCGACCAACAUCUGCACGCCAUAAUGCUUCUAGUUUUUUUUCUAAAAUACUCGAACACAAUGCAUUAUAAGUGAUCAAGCACAUACAGUUACCAGCAGCUAAUGUGCAGACGUUGCUUUUGUUUGAGUGAGUUCCCUGUCAUUGGCUAUGAGUUCACGGCCCGGUUUGUGGCCAGGCGACAACGGUACGGCACAGCGGCAUACACGCGGACGUAAAAACAUUUGGUCCUUUAAACUCCAUAGCCGCAAUUUAACUUGCCAUAGUUGAUGUUUGUACAACAGCCGAUGGCGUAAACAGACCUGCGCGUGCAUCUCUUUCCCCCUUGUUUGGCUAACUGUAUCCCACGGCACAUCUGUUAGUUACAGAAGUUGAAACAGACUUCGUGGCGUUGUGCUGGACUUUUUUUUUUGGUCUGCCUAGAUUUCGUGCUAACUGAAAUUUACAGACGUGCUAUUCAAGACUGGGGCAGUAAAAUUCACAUUGCGCUAAAUGAAUCUGCACAAUCUGAAGACGUGAUAAGUGAGGGAUAGGUGUAUUUAAAUAUUAUGGCUAUAAGAAAUGUCUGUCAAUGUAAUCUAAUGCUACUAGUAAAAUAAUGUAGAAAAAAGUAACUCUCAUUGCUAGAGACCUGAACAAUAUUUUAUUUCCUUAAAGAUUGUGUUUUAUUUUCUUCAGAAAUAUGUGUUACUUUUCUCAGAAACCGGUGUUAUUUUCCUCAGAUAUAGUUUUAUUUUUCAGACAUCACCUGGCAACCGUGAUUUUAAAUCAUGAUCAAACUAUAUUUUGUUGUGAGAUGGAUACGACAGAUGAUUACCAGAAGCAAUCCUUAAAUCACUAUUUACUGCUUCGUACAGAUUUAUCAUAUUGUUAGGUCACAAUUUAAAUUCCACUAAUGUCGGCUCUUGUUAUGAAAACAAUUACUAUAAAACUGUGUUUGUAGAAAGAUUUAAAAACUAAAUUCAAUAAUUAUUUUCAACAAUUAUUGUUUCUUUCAUUAUACUCUGUGUAUUUUGUAUUUGUUCAUUAAAAAGUUGCUUUUGUUUAUUUGAGCAUGACCAACAAAAAGUCUAAAAUGUCUUAGCAAGCUAAUAUUUUCAACUUAAAUGAGUACAAAUUUAAUGAAUGUUCUGUAAAUAUUAAAAAAACCAUUUACUAAAAAAAAGUUACAAAUGUAGCAACAUGAUGACAAAACAUUUUCAAGUACAAGACAAUUUUAGUUUAUUUUUUGGCUAACUUAAAAAAAAACUAAUAAAACCAAGUGUCAAUAUCAUUGAGUUUUCAUAGAUGUUGUUAUAAUGAUAAAAUGGAAAUAACCAUUGUGUCUACAGAAAUAAUGCUAAUUAUGCUAAAAAUUAUGUAAAUUAAUUGAUUACAAUACAUUUUUAACAUUGAUGUAUAAUAUAAAGAAGAAAUUUAACAGAAAUACUUGAAAAUGUUUUGAAAACAUGAUAAAUAGCCUUUCAGAUCGCCAAAAUUAGCAUUUUACAUUUGGAAAAGCAUAAAUUAACAUUAUUAUUAGCGUAUAGCAAUGCUAUAUUUUCAGGUCUCUAAGCAUUGCAUAGUUCCAUUACAAAUUUUAGAGAAGGUGGAAGCAAGUUAUAUUUACUGGAAUAAUAAUUUGCUUUAUGCUGCCAUAUUGAGAGUUCAUUAGUAUGUACUGUCAAAACAAAUCAGCUUUAGUUCAAAUAAUCUAAAUAAUGCCAAUGUAAAAUAUUAAUGUGAAUUUUUUUUUUUAAAGUUGUAUAUAAUUUUUAAAAAGGCUAUGUAUGAUAUCAACUGAAACCAGGCCAAAGUUUGUUUUUAGUUAUUUUAAUUUUAUUUUUGUUGUGUACAGUAAUUAAGCUGUAUGUGACAAUUUACAUAUAAAUAAUGACAAUUUGUAUAAGAACAAAGUAUUUACUCUGAAAUGCUUCUGUGAUGUACUCAAAAUUGUAUUUUAUCAUUACUAAUUCAUUCAUAGUAUGGAAUUAGUUAGGAUUGAAAUAGUAAUCAUGUUAACUUUGCAAUAACCAAGCAAUCGUGUUGUUCAACCUCGCAGCUGGGAAAUACACGAACUUCUGCAAUUUUGUUGGAGAUGGUGACGCUGAUAUUACGCUACACUGGCGCUUGAGCCUUUUUACUCCCUGGAUGCAUGGAUUUCCUGGUCGAAUGACAUUAACUGUCAAUGGAAAUUUCUAAAGAGGCAGCAGAUUGCGAUAGCAAUAAAUAAGUCUUGAGAAAUAGUCUGCACUGUUAUUGGUGCGAGUGAAGUGUUAAAUUGUUUUCUCAUCUUACGAUCCAUUGUUUUUUCGUCAGAGGUAUUGGGGAAAAAAACGUUUACUUUACGUCAAUUAUGUCUUAGUUGUUCAAGCACAUGGGCCUCUUUCUUGUCUUCACUUCAAACUCGUGUUACGUGAAUAGCCACAAAACACUCUAGCAUCUAGGAUACAAAGACUUGUUUAUUAUCUAGUGUUCUGUUGGUCUUUCUUAAUCAUUUCUUCUGUAAAUAUACAGAAGACCCAUUCUGUUCAUCUUCAGAAAAGAAAUUUCAAUAUUUGUUUUGUAUAUUAAGUCGAGAGGUUUUAGUUACUGCCAAUUUUCUUUAAAACCAUACUUUUAAAGUUUGUUUCUUUUAAGUAGCGUUUUGUACAAUUUUCGAUAAUAAUAUCAUAGUGCAGUAAGAAAAUUGUUGAAAAGAUAUUAAAAGUGUACGAAUUAAAUAAAGUUUAGUGCGAAAAACUUGCAUAUAAACUCGUAUCAAGUGUAUUGUCCGCUAUAUUUCUUACGUACUAGCUAGAAUUAGUGGUUACUUUGCUAUUCAUAUUUUAUGGUCUUUUUUUGUGGGCAAGAAAUUGGCUUAUGUGCACAAGGCUUUAGAGUUUACAAGUUAUAAACUGUCAUAUAUUUAAUGUAUUUUUAUUGGUGUUUUUUAUAAAGUUUUUUAUAGUUUUGUGAAGUUUAUAUUUAUACAGUUGAUAUUUUUUUCUGCAAAACCAUUUUUAUUCUUAGUUUUAGGCUAAUUUUAAGGAUUCUAGAAAAAAUUUAGUUACUUUUCAUAGCAUUUAAGACAGCAAAGUGAAUUGAAUGAGUGCUAGUAGAUGGAAUACAUUUUUACUAACAUUUGAUACAGUAACUGAUAUGCUAGCAAAGUACUAGCGAGUAUUGUAUUUAUAUGACUGACAACUAAGCAGUUUUUAUUAGUAUUAUUUGUGACCAAAGAUUAACUUCAUAUCUUUUUUAAGUGAACAGAUUGAUAAUCUUGUAAUGUUGGCAAAAUGUGCUAAACACCAAAUUAAUUACUCUUAUACAGCUAACUGAACAAAAUGUGUGCAAGUAAAAAAUUAAUUAAUUUUAUGAUUUCUGUCUUCCAGAACAAUUACAAGGAUAAAGAACAAAAAAAAUUGCCUCAACCUUACACUUUUUGUAAAAGACACAGAGUAAAUUCAAUGAUUAAUCUACCAUCAAAUGAUUUCCGAAGCAGUGACUAUUUGUACUGCUUCAGGGGGGAAAACACCACCUAAUGAGGGGUAAAACAAGUGUGUUUGUUCAUAUAUGCUUGUGUGAGUGAGAGUGCAUGCAAGUAAUUUGAGCAUUAAAUGCAUGCCAUCAGCUUAGUAAUAUAUGGCUAGUGCAGGCAAUGAACUGAGAGGAAAUGUACUGUGAAACCAGUAGAGAGAUGUUUUCUGUUUUGGUUCUGUUUAUUUUUUGCUACCUUGACACACUUUUACACAAUCCAGUAUUCUUAUUAAGUUACAUUCAAAUAAAAAAAAAGCCUGGGAUCUGAAGAUUAUAAACCAUAACAACUGUAAAUAACACCCACUAAUUAAUUUUUUCUUUGGCUGCAGAAAAAGAAAAUACUUUAUUUGGAAUUAUUCAGGAAAGCUCUUGAAAAUAAAAUAUGUAUUAUAGUUUUAACUAAUUAAUUUUAAAACUAAUUAAAGUUUCUGAUACUUUGUUUAACCAAAAUAAAAGUUUUGUUAGUAUGAUUUGCUGUAAUAAAAGUUUUUGUUAUAUUAGCUCAAAUAUUUAAUAUACAUACUUUCAUAUCUUGAUAAAACAUUUUGUUAUAGAUAGUUGUUGAAGUGUUAAGUAUGCUAGUCAUUUAAAUAUUGCAAUUAUUUAACGCAAGCAUACUCAUGUGGGUUUUCUCGAGCAUGUUUGAAUUGUACCAGGGUUGUGUGUAGAAAAAGCUGAUGCAAUGUAUAAAGUCUUAUUUAAAUUUUAAUUUCAUAUUCUGCCAAUUUAAUAUACCAAACAUAAUGUUAGCAUUUGGAGAUGACAUGUUACCUCUGUAAGUAUUUACAAUGUACACGAAAUUCCAUUGUAAUUAAGUACAUUUAUAAGAUAUUUAUCCAUAUUUAGUUUUUAAGUAUGCUUUCUGUUCUUUUGUAUCAUUAUAAACAUAUAUUUUUUAACUAUCUUUCUUAACUACAAAAUAUGCUGCUUUCACCAGUUUGUAACAGGCUAUGUGUAUUUCAACAAUUAAAAAUUCAGGUGUAAAAAUACACAGCAACAAUACUGUUUUUCUUUAAUAGAUUACUAUGUGUCAUGCACAGAAGUUCUGAGAUAAAUCGUACCAUGAAAACAUAUUCACAAUGUUGUCAUUGAUGUUUUAGGGAGAAGUUUUUUUGUGUGAUGGCUAGAACUGUGGAGAACCAACUUGCAGAAAUCAUGUGGUUGACAAACUUCAGGUGACUGAGGAAUAGUUCAGUAAAUGCUCCUUAAUUAGACACACUUGGGAACAUAGCCAUGCAAGAUUAUCAAACAUCAAUAUAAUUUAAAUAAAAGAAGGUACUAAAUUAAAAUAAAUACUUAGUGCAAUGAUAUUUCAAACAAGCUGUAAUAAGCCGUUAUAUGGAAAGAAAAAAUUACUGAUGAGAGUUUCUAUUUAAAAAAAACUAAUAUCACGUAUCCGUAGUUUAGAUCUCGUCAAAAAUUGUUUACUGACUAUACAAACGUUUAUUAGUUCUGCUAAGUUGUUUUUUGUUGGCUUCAGCUUGACCUGGUGGUUAAGAUCAACAAAUGCCAGAAUCUACCGGGGAAAAAAUCGAAACAUGAGUGACUAGAUCACUGCUCGAUUACCGAAAUUUUGCCAAACGAAGAGCAUAGACUGUAAUUUGUAAAAAUUAUACACUAUUCAAAUUAUGUACUGUUUUCAGUAUGUUGUGUCCAAUAGUUGCCAUCUCAACUAAAUUAUAGUACUACUUUUUCUUUGCAUAGUAUAUAACUUUAGAAUUAUUAUUAUUAAGUUAACUACCAUGUUUUCUCGCAUAAUCGUCGCACAUUUUAUUCUGAAAUCAAGUUUGAAAAGUAGAGGUGCUACAAUUAUGCGAGAAAAAAUUUUUUUUGUUAGAUAAAGUUAUUCAUGAAAAUAAAAGCUUUUCAUGGAAAGUACUUUUAUUUAAAAAGUGAAGUUUAAAAAAGCACGCUGAAAAAUUUAAAGUACUAAUUCAUACAACAAAAACAGUUCUUUAACUUUAAAUAGAAAAACCAAAACUGUGACGCGAACGUGAGUCGGAACGCAUAUCUAUCGUCGAAGUACAGACUUACCACGAAAGAGUGCAGGCCAUCAAAUGUAGUUAACUCAGCACUCGACAGAUAGCGCGCGUUGCAUGCACUCGGGGAGAUAUCGAUAUUUGACUACGUGUGCGCGCUCUAUACGGGAAGCAACAUAACCAAACAUGAAUGAUGCAAACUGGCGGGCUACAUUAUUGUAAGUGGUACAUCGUGACAAUACAAACGAACAGAUAAAGGUAAUAACGUUUAAAAAGUCUUUAAAAGAAAAUUUACACGUCAGACAACUUUAUAUUUCCGUUAAUUAAAUAAGUAAGUGGUAAUAUCUGAAUAAAUAUUACAUUUCUACUUUAAAAUACAUAGUUUUAUACGGAAAAGAUACUACACAAAGCGCUCAGCAUCUAAUAGCAGGACCAAAAGCAAAAUGCGACGUUUACGCGAAAAGUUUUUUUAUUCCAAUUUUGACAGCCUGAAAUAUAGGUGCGACGAUUACGCGAGUGUGACGAUUAUGUGAUAAAAGAGGGUACUUUUCUGUACCCACGUCUUGGUUAUUACAGAGUUAAUUUACUUGUCUGUUCAUUAUAAAGAAGUUAUGAUAUUAACUUAUCCACACUUCACUGCAAAAGUGUUGGUACACGAGAACACGUAUGCUUGAGAGAAACAUGGCUAGUAUUUCGUGGCAGUGAUGAGAUUGAUAGCAUGGACCUCCGAACUUGGGCAGAGCCAUCCAUGUGUGCUGUUAACUAGCCACAGUACUUACUGGUGAAAUCAGAUUGUGUUAAAUUGUAACUCUGAUUUCUCUAACGAGUUGCGAUCACAUGCAAUAUGAAGCACAACGAAAACAAAUCUUGUGUGAAGAGUGUACAGGUAGAUAAAAUGCAUUGUAUUUUUAACUUGUAAGUCUUUCUUUUGACUGGCUUUAUUUAAAGACCUUUAAGUAACAAAGAGAGAAAUACGAGUUGUUUGUCUCCCAUUAAGUUUUGAAAUUGUAACACUUUUCUUUUAUAGUAAAAAAAAAAUGCAUAAGACUAAUUAUCUGUACUAAAAUGUUUAUUUUAGAUUUUUGUAAAAUAAAUUACAAAUUAAAAAGAUUUACGUUAAAUUAUUGAAUUACUUACGUGAUGACUAAGAUGAAUAAUGCUCAAAUGCCGGUAUUCCAAGAGAUAAAAAUGAGGAUUUAGAUGUUGAAUAUGCUACACCUGUACCCUAACAGUAUUCCAAGUGCACAAUAGGACAUGGUCAGUCCCUUAUUUUUAGGGCACAGAUUUUAGUGUCCUAUCCAUUGCCAAUCUGUUGCCCAAGUUCUGUGCAUGGACAGAGCUCACUUUAUCAUUAGAUCCAUCCAGACGGCGGACCCCCAUUAACUCUUAUGUAUUUAAUUUUGUAAAUAUCGUGGGAUGUAACAAAUAUAUUGGUGUUUAGAGUAAAACUUUAUGGCUGUGAAACUAUUCUGGAAUACAUUUUGUACACUUAAUGAGAAAUAACAAGAAAUAAUCGCAACAUAAAAAGUACUCGAAGAUUAGAAAAGCACCAUUUAAUUUGUGUGACGGUGCUGCUAUAUCCAGGUAUUUUGUCUUAACAAGUGUAUCAAUGGUUGCCAAAUGAUAGAAUGCUUUGGAACCAGUUUAUAGUCUCGUGCAGGGUAACGUUUAUUAAAACAGCUGCCUUUCUAUUCCCUUACUGGGAGGACUUGCUUUGGACAAGCUCUGGAAUAUGGCCUGCAAGUUAGGUUAUGGUUGUAUCCCAACAUGGCAGUGCUUAUUCGCUUCCUUACCCUAACAUCUUGGAAUUCUGCUUUGAACAAGUUUAUGCUGCAUCUUUCUUUAUUAAAUAAAGUGUGUUUCUAUUUAGUCAUUGUCAUGCUUGUGAUGACAAUCAAAUUUUAAUUAUUUGGGCACCAUUCUGAACAUACAUGAAAUGUUUAGAACUUAAUCUUAUUUAAUCAUACCCUUCUCAGAUAACAUGUAUGGUUCCUCGUUGGAGUGUCUCCACAAAAAGCUGAAAGUAAAAUAAUAUUAACAGCAUUAUAGAUACUACAGUGUGUGUAAAUUUGCCUUUAACUAGUGAUUUGAAUGCCAGGUUACUGAUUGCAGUGAGCACAAGACACAAAAUUCAACUUUGUCUGUAAAUUGAAGAUAAGCUAGUAUUUGAGAAUACCAUAUAAAUUAUGGAAACAAAAAGUAAAUUAAUUUUAUGUAAUCUGUGGUUUGUUCCAAGAAAUGAUGUUCACAGCAUAUCAAGAAUCAAGCCAAGAUUCCUAUCGAACAUGAAUUGGCACAAUAGUUCAAAAUUGACCACAUUUCAACACAUGACAUUUUAGUUUCCAAUUGGUUAUCUCAGUUUUUAGUUUAUUUGUAACAUCAAACUAUGUAUGUCAACAGCAACAACUGGAGGUUCAAUUCAAUGUCUUAAAGAAAAUUGUUACUGUUAAAUUAAAUAAACUCUCAGAAAGCAAAGUUAAAACCAGAAUAAUUUAUUAACUCAAAUACUAAGGUAGAGCAAAACAUGAGUCUAUUCUCCAGGGAUACCUUUGGGCAACACAAAACGGUAAAAAUGUGAAUCUAAAGUUAAUAAGAAACUCUUAAAUCAUCAAAUUGAAAUGAUUUUAAAUGCAAAACCAAUUGGCUGACUACUCAUACCCACAAUGGUAUUAGCACAAUACAUACCAGUUUUCAGUAAACAUUACCGAUCGUUAGGGACAUUCAAAAAACAUGUAGGUUUUAUCUCUCAAAUAAGCAAUGAUUUUUUUUCAAUAUUUGCCAAGAUCAGCAAUGAAGUUCAAAAGUUUGGUCAGUAAAAGUUGACUGCAAAUUGUAGGAUCACGGAACAGCGACUGAUUCAGUCGGCUGGAACAUGGACUUCUUCUCGCAGGUAACAGCAAUGACGAAACAUUGGUGGAAUGGUUCGAUAUAGUAGUAUCUUCAAUAUGGCUGGAAAAUUUUUGUCCUGUAUCCUACACCACGCACUUCUAAAUGAGUUUGUCCAAGUAUGAAUUUCGUUGACUAUUCACACUUCUUAAUUCCAAAUGUUCUCGUAGAAAACAAUUUUCGCUGCAAAUAAAUCAAAGUUUAGGCCUCUUCUUAUUACUUAGCCUAUUUGUAUCUUGGUACGACAAAACUAAGGUCCUUAUAACGCAUAGUACUUGACAAUUCAGAAAAGUUUUAACUUGUGGAAUUUCAUUAAUUUCAACCACUCAUAAGUCAUAAGUAAUAUUGUCUUUAAAUAUGGAAUUCAAUCCUGUUGGUUCAAAAUAAUGUUUCCAAACUCUGGAAUUUGUCAAUACACGGCUGGUCUUUGUGAAGGUUCAAACAAGACUAAUAGUUUCCAAACUAAUGCUCUCGGAUAUUUGAACCAGGGGCGGAUCCAGGGCCGGCCGACCCGGGCAAUCGCCCAGGGCCCCACGCCUAGUGGGGCCCCGCGUCUGCCCUCACCCUAGCACCUGUCAUGUAAGGUGUUCGAAAUUAAGUUGUACACCCCUAAUGUCUAUUAGAACCUCUUUUAUAUGUAUUAACCGCAACAAGCAGGGGACGAGUGUCAGAUAAUCGGGUUGGCAAUAUGUGGAUCACAUUACCUGACACUUGCCAGCCGGCGAUGCUGAUUAGUGUUUGCUUCAGGUUACAGUUAUCACAGAUACGGCGACAACAAGGCUUUGCUCUGAGUGUCGUUUUCCUCUGAUAUAUCUCUGGGGAAGGGCGGUGAAAAGUACAUACAGUUGUGCUUUUUUUGUUUUAUGUUUAUAUUACUUCUGCCAGUUAUCAAAGGAAUUGAAAGUAUAGGUCGCUAUGUAAACCCUAAACUUCCUCUCAACCUUCUAAAUUUACGUGACUUUAGUCAGCGGCUGAUAAUUAGCCUUCCCUUCCCUUUUACGAUAUUCAAAAGUGGAGGGGGUGUGAACGUACGCGUUACAGACCGAUGUUGUUACUGCAGUGUCGCCAGAUCAGUGGAAAUAUUAAGUCAUGUAUAGUGCAGUACACAUUUUGAAUCUCUAUUCGUUCGUCCUGUUAUUUUGUUGUAACUACUUUCAAUGAUAUUUAUUAAUAGGGAUAUUUAUUUUUAUUAGACAGUUUCAUAAUCAAGGCUGAAAUUUUUAUUUGUUAGUUUCAGUCAGAUUAAUUUACAAUGACCUCUCGUGAUCGUGACUUUGGUAGGAAAUAUGAUUCUGGCAGUUCCAAACGGAAAAAAAUUGAAAAACGCAAAGAACUUGAAAAACAAUUAAGCGAUUCUUUAACAAAAUAUUUAAAGACUGAUAAAAUUACUGGAGAUAAGGAACAGUUGAACUGCAAUAUUUUGCCUUGAAAUGUUGUUGGUUUUUUUUUUCCCUUAAAAUCAUUAAUUUUCAUAAGUGAGGGAAAAAAAUUUACCCAUGUGAUUUUUGUACCAAAUUAAUUUUACGACUAAUUUAAAUAAUAGCCUAUACAGCUAUAUAAAUU